UUUUUUUUUUUCUUCUCUCAAAGAAAUCUCAUCAGCCAAACAAAACCCAAAAUUGAAAAUCAUUUUCGUUUGUUUUUUCAAAUACAGAACAUCCAAAAGAGAGAGAGGAGAGAGAGGGGUAUUUACGUUGUUGUUUUUUAGAGAGAAAAGAGGGGAGGAGGAGGAAGAAGGUGUUGUUCGAGAUCUUGCCAGAUCGGGCUUAGACCUGUGUUACCUAGUUAGUUUGAUUUUCUAUUGCCUGCCUUGCAGAUUAAUGGGCAGGGAACUUACUGACGUACAGAUGGACAAGAAACCAAAUGGUACCAUGUUGAAUGCAAAGGGUGUAUCGAAAGAUAGAGGUCAGGUUGCUCCGAAAUUUGCACAAAACAGCAUUGAAGCAAAGAUCUAUGAGUUUGAAUGUGCUGGAAAGAAUUCUGCUAUUGAGAAUGGUCAUGAAAAGCAAGAUACGGUUCUGGUCAAAAGUACAAGUGUUGAUAAUAAACUUCCUGAUGGAAAGACAUCAAUCUCACCUUCAUCCAAGUCUGCUAAUAAUAUACAUGUGAGUCCUACUGUUACUAAGGCCAAUAUUGGGAUUGAAGCUGCUGCAGUGUCUCCCAAUUCUUCAGCAAAUGCUAACUCUUCAAACUCUCCUACAAAAAGUUCACAGCCAAAUUCUCCUCUCACAGCAAGGAAGAUGUCACAAGCUGAUAGCAAGAAGCUUCUUGAUGAAGAUGAUAAUUGGUCCCUCGCUUCUUCUACUGCGACAUCUAUAAGAACUGCUAAAUCCAGAGUAACUAUUGGAACAUCUCCAACAUUUAGAAGUGCUGAACGUGCUGAGAAACGAAGGGAGUUUUACCAAAAGUUAGGAGAAAAACACCAAGCUCUUGAGGCAGAGAGAAGCCAAUGUGAACAAAGGCAUAGGGAAGAGCAAGAAGCAGCCAUAAAGCAACUUAGAAAGACCAUGGUGUUCAGAGCUAAUCCAGUACCUAGUUUCUACUAUGAGGGGCCUCCGCCAAAGACUGAACUGAAAAAGCUGCCAUUGACUCGGCCUGUCUCGCCAAAGCUUAACCGGAGGAAGAGCUGCAGUGAUGUAACUAACUCAACUCAAAAUGACAAGGGAAAAUAUUGUCCUCGAGCACAGCGCUAUAGUGCUGGCAAUCACAAGGAAGAAUCUGCGACAGCCAACACCUAUAAAACUAAGAGCCCAACCAGUGCACAGAAGGUCAAAGACCAAGCAAAACCAGUAAAGGAGAUGAUGAAAACAGUUCCAGAAAAGAUCACAGAGCAAACAAAUGCUGACAUCGAUGUUGAAUCUUGAACUCAUUUUUAUUUUCAUUUUUCUAACUCUGGGUGGAGAAAAGAUUAUUGAAUUUCCAUGACUACCAGAUGGAUGUUCUGAAGGUUGGCAGGCCUGCUUCUUCUUUUUCAGCCGCAAUGACUAGUUUUAAGCUGUUUUAUGUUAUCGUGAAUUGUAUAUCUUUUGUAAGUUGUAUGGGUACAUAAAUCAUGUUAUAUAUAAAGAAGAGUUAUUAAAUCUAGAAUGGACACAUUGUGUUGCGAUCAUCUGAAGCCUGGAUCAUCAAGUACCAUCCCUAAUAAGGAGAAGUGAGGCUGGGCGAGCUUCCAAAUUUCAAAUCAUUUAUUCAGUUAAAGGUAACUCCUGUAAAAGACAUGGAUCUAGAUUUCCCAUAGAAAAAAAUUGAAAAGUGGAAACGAAGACGGGCUUAGAUGAU